CUGGGCGGGACAAGCUGGGUGCGCUGCAGGCCAGAGGCUGGACACCGGACGAAUGGUCGCGCUCGCCGCGCUGGCGGCGCUCGCCUCCGCGGCGCUCCUGCCCUCGACAGCGCUGUACGGCAGCCCACCGCGACGGCCGCCCAUGCGCGUGUGUAUGCGCCAGGAGCCGCCCGCGGCGCCGACGGGGUUCCAGAUCGCUGGUGUCGAUGUCGCCGCGGCUGGCGUGAUUCCGUUCAUGCGCCGCCGCGACGGCGUCUAUUAUCUCAUGCAGUCGCACGAGAACGGCACGCGCGCCGGCCUCCUCUCCGACUUUGGGGGGAAGCGCGAGGAGGACGACGUCGACGCCUACUACACCGCUGCCCGCGAACUGGCCGAGGAGACGGGGUCAGUAUUUGGCUCGGCAGAGGCGCUCGCCUCGCGGCUGCGUCGCGAGAGCCCCGCGCGCGUCCUCAAGCGCUCGGGGCGCUACGUCACCUUCCUGCUCGAGGUUCCCUUCGUGCAUGAGGCGCACGCUCGCGCCAGCCCUCCCCGCGGCCGCGGCCACAGCGGCUGACCUGCGCGCGCGCGACCGGUCCGCC